GGAACGCAUAGCCGUACGUUUUGGUUUUUGUAACCCUCAGAUUUGUUGAAGCAAAUUACACGUAGAUCAUCCAUCCAUCUUGUUUCAUUUCAUUUAGUUGAGAUGGGGUGCUAUCUGAUGUGCAGAAAUUUUGGGAGCUUCCACAUCCGCCCACCAUCAAUAAAAAAGAGUGAUUGUCAACAAAGACCAUUCGGAAGGGGAUUAAAUCCAAUCAUUAAACGUAAUAGCAGCAGGAUGAAUUCCGGUAGAGGAGAAGAAAGCAGUAUGUCUGUUUCCUCUGCCUACCAAGUGCUGGACGUAAUGCCAGAUUGCACUCUGUCCGACCUCAAAGCAGCUUUUCGGACCAAAGUGAAACAAUUCCAUCCUGAUGUUAGUAGGACUGAUGAUACAAUGAUUCGCCUUGUCAUUCAGGCCUACCAGGUGUUAUCCAAUUUAAGCAAAUCAGAAAUUAUCGAAACUGAAUGUCUAGAUCCCUUUGAUGCUCCUGAGUGUGAGGCAUUUGACAUCUUUGUUAAUGAGCUUCUAUGUGUUGGCAAAGGGUGUCCUUAUUCAUGUGUAAAAACAGCACCUCAUGCCUUCACGUUCAGUUCUUCAACAGGAACUGCACACGCAACCUCUCAACGUCACGGGGAGGAUUAUCAGGUACAACUUGCGGUUGGGCAGUGCCCCAGAAGUUGCAUCCAUUACGUUACACCUUCUCAAAGGCUUAUUUUGGAAGAGCUACUUGGAAGUAUCUUAAACGUACCGUUUGAUUGCUCAGCUGAGACAGACUUACUUUACUCCCUCAUUGUAAAAGCAAAAUAUGAGAACAACCGUUACACGAAGCCAAAAAGGAAACCCGAUGUAUCAACCAAACACGUUGAUUGGUAUUGAUAUUUUGAUGGUUUUGUGUGUAUUUUGUAAAGCAUUAUGGAGAUAACACGCCAAGCUAGAUAUUUCUAUAAUGGUAAAAUACAGGUUUUGUUCGA